AUGGCUUGGGGUAAAACGUACAAAAUUGGCUGUGGUAUUGCUACAAAGUGCAAUGGUGGCAGGAAACUGAUGGUCGUUUGCCAUUAUCGGCCAGCUGGAAAUAUGCGAAAUAAGCUUAUAUAUGAGAUUGGCGAACCAUGCAGGAAGAACAGUGAUUGUCAUACCGAAAAAUGUUCAGUCAAGUAUGGAUUGUGCAAAAAAUGA